CAUGCGUAGAAUGUAGAAACGUCCCAGAGACUGUUCCCUUCUUUGUAGACUCAGUCAUUGUCAGUCGGUGUGUAUGCAGUGAGUACAGCACUAUAGAAAAGAAAUGGAAAAAGAAUUGUGGGAAGCGGUGAGGAGAGGUGAUAUCCAGUCGGUAACGCGUCUUUUUGAUAGCAACGUUGAUAUCAAUAGUCGUGAUGAGUAUGGGGACACUCUUCUGAUAAAAGCGUGUGAGAAUAAUCAGGAGGAGAUUGUUGAGUCUCUACUCACUAAAUCAGCAGAUGUUAAUGGGACUGGCAGCAGUGACACUCUUCUGAUAAAAGCGUGUGAGAAUAAUCAGAAGGAGAUUGUUGAGUUUCUACUCACUAAAUCAGCAGAUGUUAAUGGGACUGGCAGCAGUUGUGGGUGGACACCUUUGAUAAUGGCAGCAAUGAAUGGGAUGUACGACAUCAUUGAUAUUUUAUUGAAGACCAAAGAUAUUAAUGUGAUGAAGAGAGAUCAUUGGGGAAUGACAGCCAUCCAUCAUGCUGCAAGAAAUAGUCACAUGACCAUUGUAGAGCGACUUGUGUCUUGUUCUGUUCCUGUUGAUAUCAAUGAUAAUUAUGGUCGUACACCACUGUGGUGGGCUGCCCAUUAUUGUCAUGUGCGUUGUGUUGAUUUUCUCCUAAAACAUGGAGCGAGUCCCCAACAUGAGAGUAAGUUGGGAGGAUCACCACUGGAGAUUGCCAAGCGACGUGGUCACAGUGAUGUGGUUGAGAUGAUGGAAGAAGCCAUAAGAUCAAAGACACCGAAGAGAGAGAAGCUCGUAGCUACAGUGACGUUACUGAAAAGACAGUUGGCAGAGAAAAACGUGCAAUUACAAUCAAAGAGCAAAGAAGUGGCAGAGAAAGACGUGCAAUUACAAUCACAGAACAGGAAGGUGGCAUCUUUGGAAGCACGAUUGGCAAGAAUCAGAGACGUAGCUAAUGUUGAGAGUGAUGAGACGAGGAAGGUGGCAUCUUUGGAAGCACGAUUGGCAACAAUCAGAGACGUAGCUAAUGUUGAGAGUGAUGAGGUUGUGGAAGAUGAUGUGACAGCAGCCAGAGUUGAAUCUACUGCUAGCUCGUUUGCUCAGUCAACAGAGAUGGAACAAGUGAAGCCGAUUGCAACACUGGAGACAACUGUUGGUCCUAAAGGUGGAUGCUACAGCUCAGGCAGCUUGUCUAUUUCUGUUCCUGAUGGUGCUGUGAGUGAAGCAGUCAACAUAAAAAUUCAUAUGUUUGUUGACGAAAGACUAAUACCGCCAUCUACUAAAGCCAAUGAUGGAUACAUUCUAAGUCCUCUGUAUGUCUUUGAACCUCAUGGAUUAACAUUUUCCAAACACGUGCAAGUGCAUUUUCCUCCUCCAGUUGAUUCUAAAGGAUGGCAUUUGUCACUGAUGAGAGCCACGUGUGAUACUUCUACUUCAUCUCAAUUGUGGGAUCCGCAAACCGUACUGACAUAUGAUUCUGAUUUGGACAAAGUGAAUGUGAAAGACCCAGACUGUACGUAUGACCUUACCAGUGGGACUUUGAGUGUAAAACACUUCUGUUGGCACUGGUGGUUUGGAAAACCUGUUGAUGUGUUUCUGGCUACAAAAACUAUGAUGUUUUCUGUGUUUGGACAUCGAGAAAGACCUUCACUGAAUAUUUGGAAUCUCACUAUUCAUUGCCAUGAUAAUUGUCACGAGGUUAUUGAGCGGAUGGAAUGUAAAGAAAAGAGUUUAUCGCCAAAGCGUUCUUUCUUGUGUUCAAAUGAAGAAAUGAAAAUGAAGUUUGAAGGCGACAUUGAGUUUAGUAUCACACGUGGUGAUUGGGAGGCUACAUCACAGCUACAGACUGUGGCUGCUGCUGAGUUUUGGCACAAAUGGAUAUGUUUGGACAAGAAAUUUCGAUUAACUGUGGAGUUUGAACAUGAUGAUGAGCAUCGUUCAAACAAGUGUAUUGUGGAUGUCACACAGGGAGAUAAAACAAUUGCUUUAGAAAUGACUCCUCCUCUUGUUCAGGACAUCCAGCAUGACAGAGUAUCAGAGACAGAUGAUUCAGCGGCACGUCCAUCUGUGCUCACAGAGGAUGAUCAUAGACGUGAUUCGUAUUCUCGUCGAGUUCUGCAGGCAAUUCAAGGAGUUGGCUCUACCAGAUGGUAUCCACUUGGUCGUGAUUGUGGAGAAACACCUGAUCAGCUGAACAAAUUCACUGUUCUGGUUAACGAUUACGAUAAAGUUCAAGCUUUAUUUGAUGUGUUGGCACAGAAAGUAGGAGAGAAACGAGCAGCAGACAAACUGCUGGACGCGUGCAAAACCAUUCAACAUCCAAUAUUUGCAGCAGUAAAAGAAGCGAUGGACAGAAUGUAAUUUGGGAAGAUGAAGAAACAAGGGAAUGUGUUUUUGUAUUUCAUAUUAAUAGUGUUGUCGUAGUUAAAUGUCCUCAAUUGUGAUUUGUUGUCAUUUUUAAUCCGAACGUAGCAGUCUAGUGAUUGUGUAGAAAAGUGAAGACAUCAAA